AUGAGAGACGAUCGCAAUGCACUGGCUAAGCAAGUCGCAGAGUUGGAAAGGAAGGAGUACAAACCCAAGAAUUUUAAGCGCGAGCUGGAGGAUCUGGGUAUUGUUGAGAAAGAUGGAGAUUUUGGCGAAGAGGAAAAGUUGCUGUUGGACAUCAAACGAGAUGGCAUGGAAGUUCAGGAGGAGAGGAAGGUGAAGCAGAUUGUUAUAAUGUAG